AUGUCCUCCGAUCUCUCCCUCCCCACGACUACCCUACAUUCCGAUGCAUCACAGGGGCACGAGACCGUUGCCUCCUCACCCGCAAUCCCUGUGAUUCCCCCAAAGAAUCGAUUCCACAGCUUGCCAUCACAUCGUCGAUCAAACACCGAAUACAUUGCACGUCCCCCUAUUUUUGAGGAAGACCACGACUCUUCCAACGAAGACACAACAAAUCGAUCAGCUCCCUCGUGGACCGGAACAUUUCCCAAAAAGAAGUUCGAAGCACGAGCCCGCGUCCUGUCAGAUUGGUUCCAAGGCAAGUCGGAACCAGUCGAUUUGGGAAUUAAAAUGCGUCCCGACGGCGAGAUGGAUGGUUCUGCCAUGGGUUCCCCACGUCUCACGGCCAUGACACAUACCCGAAAGGGCUCGGCGCCAGCUACGGGACGAUUCAACUUCUUUGGUCUCCGCCGGCAGGAAGACCAAAAACCUAACCCUCCAGAGCCGGCAGAUGAUGAGUUCCUCAACCUUGAUAUUACCGCCGCCCUUUCCUUGCCCAGGUCGCAUACCAGCGACGACGAAGCCCUCGAUACCCUCCGUGAACAGGCAACCGAUGUGCUACAACGCAUGCAGGAUGCGUAUAAACAAAGAACAUUUGUCAUGCAUCAAGCCAUGGCCGACAGGAACGAGAAACAAGAAGAAUUAGAGGAGACUCGGGCCCGAGUCGAUCACUUGAAGGCUCAACUGGACGGCAUGGCUGCCAAAGUGUCGAGCCAAGAAAAAGCCAUGCAGGCCAUGGCCGAGGAGCUCGAACAGGAGAGGCGCCUGCGACAAGAAGAGAGCCGCACCCGCAGCCUUACCAUGCGUGCGAUUCCUCCCGAUGAAGAUAUUCCAUCACUAGCGCUGCAAACCCCGCACCGCGGUGGCAAACGAACCAGCCAUGGGACCUUUGCCAGUGACUCCGGCUUCGAGUCUGGCGAUGAAAGUAUCGCAGACAGUAUAUUUUCUCAUCGGGAGGGUGUUGAGUCACCGACCUCCACACUCAACGCACCUUCACCCAAUAUAUCGCAGGUUGCGCUGUCCACCCCGACACCGAUGCCAACCCUCCAAAAGAAUCUUGUUGCAGCUACAAAUACGCCGACGCCAAAGGCUUCGUCCGCAUACGAUCGUGUCUUAAAGGGGUUUGCCUCCACACGCCUGGGAAGCUCAUUUGUGGGUAAUGGUAACUCCAACCAGAGUCAAUGUGAUAUUUGUUAUGGUGUUCCGUCUCAUGAAGCCUGGAGUGUCAUGGGCGUCUUGAAGGACGAGAACCGUGGCCUUAAAACACGGGUUGGAGAGCUGGAGGUGGUGAUUGAUGAUUGUCUUGGUCUCGUUGGGCCUUGA